AUGGACUAUCCAUCAGUCACUUUUCUGCUUGGUGGUCUUAUUGAUUGUGUAACCCAGUUACUAGCAAUUACUGAAGAGCUUUUACAACUGAUCAUGGAACAAUAGAUUCCUGCUGAAGAACAAAAUGAUAAAGAGGAAAAUAUGGCAACAGAGCCAUCUCCAUCUCCUGAGGAAUCUUCACUCCUGGAUCUUACUAAUUUCUCAGACUUAGAAUCAAUACUCAAAUCAAGAGAAGAUGAAGACCUGCUCUUUGAUAUAGAUGAAAUUAUGUUAGGGCUAGGUGAGGUUUAUGAUGAUGCCACUGGCUGCAGUAAAUGA